AUGGAAUCAUUCGGACUCACUUUAAUUAAUAAAUUAAAUAAAAAUUCAACUAAUGCUAAAACACAGAUCGACUAUUGUUUUACUAAUGGGAAUGGUUUGAAAUCUGAUUAUUUUGAAAGUCUAACAAGUUUUCAUAAACCAAUAUGGAUAAGAAAGCGUGAAAUUUUGACUGGAAUUCAUGUUGAUGAAAUUAAACAAAUUCGUACAGAUAUACCUUUUAAUCUGAAAGAUCUUAGAAGUUAUGAUCAGUCUGAUACGAUGGAAGUCGACGAGGAAUUUUCUUCCGAUCGUUAUAAAAUAGUUGAUGAAAACGAACAAACUGAUAUAGAUAAGACUUUUAAUCUUAAAGACCGUCACACCAAUGAUCAGUCUGAUAUGAUGGAAAUCGAUGAACAAUCUUCUUUUGCAAAUUAUGAAAACAUUGAUUCAAACUCAAGAAAAAUUCUUGAUCACUUUCUUCUCGUACUUGAUUUUAAUAGUACUACAGAUACUGAUCAAAUUUCAAAUCAAGUUCAAAUAAUCAAUGAUUUGAUUGGAAAAUCACCAUUUAUAACUAUGCAUAAUAAAGAUCAAUCCGUCCGGUUAAAAUCGAAAACAGAAUAUUCUGUUCAAGCAUUUGUUUCAGUUUAUACUAGAACUCGUACAACUGCAGAUGGCAAUUGUUUAUAUAGUUCUCUUUCGAUAAUAAAUAUUGCGUCUGAAAAACUAACACAUUCAAUGAGAUUGUUAGCAGUCAAUGCAAUGAUUAAUAAUAGCGAUUAUUUCCAAACACUUUGUAAAGUAUUGGACUAUUCAUUUGAAGAACAGUUGCAAAGAACUGCUACGAAUACAAUAUGGGGUGGAGAAGUUCAAAUCCAAGCACUUUCUAUAGCUCUAUCUCAUCCUAUUUAUUCAUACAUCCAAUUUGACAACAAUCCAAAAAAUAGACAUUAUAUUCCAUUGAAUAUUAGUGUACAGGAAUUAAUCGAUCGAUUUAAUAAAGGAACAGCAGGUAGUCAUUUAAAACAUAUAGAAUACAAAUCCGAUAUGAAUAAAUUAGGAUUUUGUAUUUAUUACAACGGUACUCACUAUGAUGCUCUUUUACCUUUUCAAGCUAAUCCUCAACAAUUUGUACCACAUUUUGACAAGAUUAAUAUGAGUUUAUAA